AUGCCGUCUCUCAUUUCCCAUUCCGAUGCCGAUAUCAAAACCCAACGUCUAACUUCUGAUCCUUGUCCGAUCAUCCUUCUUGAUAAGUUCACCUUCACACACUUCAGCCGAGUUACAAUCUCCGUUUCUGAUGUCUCUUUCACUAGUUCAUUACUCUGUCCAAAUCCUUCUUGUUUGGACUUUUUCCUUCUCUCGGAGGAAGUUGGGAUCCAAGCCGUCCUCCAAGCCAGACAAAACCCUAAUUUCUGCAUCCUCGAUUCGUGCCACAUCCUCGUUCUCGACACCUUCCACGACUUGUCUCCGCCACCACACAGCUUCUUUAACAGAGCUUAUCGUGUUACUUGUCCCAGUGGAUACUCCCUGUUCUUUGCCAACUGCGAUCUGGUGGCCCGUGUAUCCAUGAAGGUCCACACUGAAUUGUACAAUCUCGAUCUUGGCGGCUCCAAGACUUACCUCUCGCCUGGACAAUCGAAGCUAAUUCCACUAUUCUUCGAGUUCUCUCUUGCUUACUUCUUCGUCUUAGUUCUCUGGGACUAUUACUGCUUUUGCCACAAGGAAUUCACGAAUCGGGUCCAUCACUUGAUCAUCGGACUAAUUGCCACGAAAACACUGAGUCUCAUCUGUGCCGGGCUGGAUAAGUAUUCCGUUAAACUUACUGGGACACCUCACGGUUGGGAAAUCUUAAUUCGAAGUUGCUCUAGUGAUGUCAUCAUUUAUCAUCACGUCAAUGAUCAUAAUCGGAUUCUUGUUCUUCAAGAAGUUCUUGCCAGAGAAGGAGGCCAAGUCACUUGGCCCAACGUUUCGUUGGUGCUGGCUUUGCUGGACAUGAUCUGCACGUGUACCAUCCUCGUUACCGCGGGGAGGUCUAUUUGGUUGCUGAAGGAGGUUCCAAAGACUGACGAGAAGGCGGCGAUAAGAUUGGCAAAGAUUAAAAAGUUUGCCUUGUUCUACGUCUUGGCAAUCGGUUAUUUUUAUGUCGUGCCGAUGGUAGCACUCGCUUUGAGGAUCUUCAGGUACGAGUGGGUGAGCAACGCGGUGGAGGACGGUGCGAAUCUGACGAUAUAUGUGGUCACGCUUUGUAUGUUUAGGCCGGUCAAUGAUUACACUAUUCUUCGCGCAUAG